AUGAAAUUUGUUCUUUUCACUUUGUUCCUUUGUGGAUUCGUCCUUAAAGUAAAUGGAAAAAGUUCGUCAGGAGCAUCCCUCCCAGAGGAAAAAUCCCUCGUGGCAUGUGAGGGAGCAGUGGCUCGACUCCACUGUGCAGAAGGUCAGGCUAUCUAUGUGACCAGUGCUUCAUACGGACGCACUAAUAAGAAGACGUGCAGCGCUGGGAGACCUGCCGACCAGCUAGAGAACACUGAAUGCUACACAUACAGAGAGGAAGUUGGUGAGAGAUGCAACGGGAAACAGUGGUGUAAAGUCAGAGCCAGUAACUAUGUGUUUGGAAAUCCCUGCUAUGGGACCUACAAGUACCUGGAGGUGGAAUAUAUUUGUUACGUUGAAUGAAACGACCAUCAGAUCGCCUGUGCUGUGGAUGAAAUGCAUCAUAAUCAGUAACAUCCACAGACACUGUGGUCCACUGAUGUACAUACAAUUUCUCCUCAGUUUCUUUCACUUUCUCAACCAUUGUUUUUUUGUUUUUGUUUUUUAGAUUUUUUUUAA